AUGUUUUACGGUUUAAUACAGUUAUCGUGGUUUGACGCCACCACCGCCGCUUUACCUUUUAUCACCGUCGCUUUAUUGCAAUUGUUGAAUGCGUUUUUAAUAGAUCGUCCAACGCGUAAAGUGCAGAAGGCGAGUGAGCUAACAACCGUCGCGAGUUUGUUAGCUGAAGAUGACACAACAAAAACAACAGCAGCAACCACAACAAAUGGCAAAGCGUCAGCAGCAAAUGGAGCGGAAAAUGGAAAAGUGCAAAAGCAAAAGAGUGAACAUUGUGAAGACUCUAUAACAAAUAUCCCUUCUGCGCCGGUGUGCUCAUUAUCGCCACCCUCAUCUGCACGUAAUUCCAUCAAUUUGUUACACAACAACAAUGGCAACAAUCAUCACAUCAUCAUUCCACAUACGCCCUGUCCGCCUGACAUACUCAGCGAUGAAUAUCACGAGGAUGAAGACACACUUUCGUUGGAAAAUCUCUUUCCCUGCGAUCAGAGUGAAAUUUAUGCUUCGAAGAAGAUCAGUUUCAUUAUUGAUGAAGUGAUACAAACCGAAGCGAAUUAUGUGAAUAAUCUGCGUAAGGGUUUAAAGAAUUAUGGGGAGCUGGGUGCGCGCACAGAUGCGCCCGAAGUGUUUAAGGGCGCUGAGAAUCGUCUAUGCUUACUCGGCAAUAUCGAACAGAUUUUGGAGUUGCACGAAAAACACAUUCUGCCGCUGAUGUUGCGCAAUCAACGGGAUUUGAAGUCAUUGUUCGAUGAGUUCGCUGUAUUUUUUGAUAAAAAUGAAUUCUAUUGCUAUGUGAUAUUUAUGAUGAACAAAAAGGCCUCGAUGCAGCUGCGGCAAGAGCAACGAGUUUGGUUGCAGAAUGUGCAAAAUGAAAUAAACGACAAAUUGGGCAUCGACAGUUUCCUUGUGCAGCCCAUACAAAGACUGACGCGAUAUCCUUUGCUGCUGCAGCAAUUCAUAUCAGAAUUUUAUAAGAGCGGCAUUAGCUGUAAGCCCGUACUGACGUCGGUUUGCAAGCUGGAGACGCGCAUGCGUCGUCUACUCGAUGUUGUCAAUCAGGCGGAGGAUGUGCCAACGAUAGACGAGAUAGCCGAGCUCAAUCUCGCCGCGCAAGGCUACUUCCGUCGCGCCACCGAUUUCGAGGCAUACCAUCAUCGUUCGCGCAAGAAAUACGCCGCCAAAGUGUUUCUAUUCGAUCGUUGUCUUAUCUGCACCGAAGUGCGUAAGCGUCGGCUGGCCUAUCGUCAUCGCUACGAAUGGUCCACGCUGGAGUUGCAAUUGAACGGCAGUAAAAGUAUCACAAUUGCAUUGCGUAAGCACGACGCAGCGCCGAAGCUGGAGUACGAGCUCACGGCGCAGGAGGCGAGCACAGUGACGCAGUGGCUGCGUUGCGCGCGUAAAAUUAUCGAAAUCGAACGUGUGGAGGCGGCGAUGCGGGGGAAAUUUAUGCUGCCCAUGGAUUUGGUGCUGAUGGUUGGCGCGGCGAUUUGGCUGAUAUGGAAUUAUCUGUAAUUGGCCGUAUGCGCAUGUGUGGGUGUGUGUUACUGCCGUCUAAUGCCUUUUUCUUAUUUUUGGAAUAUUAUGGGCGGGUCGAUAUAUUUAAGAUAUCGAAUUAUUUUUGGAUUUUAUUUUAUCUUAAAAAUUUAGUUUUAAU